AUGACAACUUGUUCUCUGUUAUCACCGACAUUUACCCGGAAAAAUGGCCCAUACGGCAAUCGAUCCACAAAUAUUAACGAGUUCUCCGGAAUGAGUCCCCGAAGUCACUCACCAGUCAGGAGUCACGGUACAAUGUCCCGCCUCCGGCAAAUAUGGAAUACCGCAUUUGGUUGUCUUAGUGAUCAUGACUACAAUCGGGAAGUUCACAUUCCCCGCUGCUUCCUGGGUAUCCUGGGUAUCUGGUCAGAGCCUGAACCCAUGAGCAGACUGAAAUGUGCCCUUUCUGCUACGCUCCUCACCUUCUUCAACUUUCUCCCCCGGUUCCUGGGGCUAUUCAACAUCGCAAAUGAUCGACUAUUUUUCUAUCACUUGGGUUCAGUCGCUUAUCGACUUUAUAUCAUCGUAGUGAUUCUGUUGCUCCACUUCAACUUCAAAAUUCGUCGAUCAAUUGUCGAGGAAAUGGGUGAUAACUGGAGAACUACUCAGGCCCUGGAGGAUAAAAAAGUCAUGCGUCGAUACGCCGAUUAUUCGAGAAAGAUUUCAUGGAUUAUCAUUGCAGCGUUUGCUGCAACGUUCGUCAUCACUUGGUUGAGUCUACUCCUUGGACUAGCAACAGGCCAAAUGGAACUACAUGCUGCACUAAGUGCGCUGAGUUUUCAAUCCCAGCCAUUAGUCGAUGCUCUGGGAAUCAUCUUCGUGACGAUAGCGAGCUUCAUAUCGCUCCUCCCAGCGAUGGGAACUGAGACGUUCUUCGCAGUUUGCGUCUGUCAUACCUGUGGACAACUAGCUCUACUGAAGAAUCGAAUAGCCGCAUAUGAAGGAGUAACUCGUCAUCAAUUUGAGCAAGACACCCCCGGGAUGUGCAGCUGCCUGAAAUGCAUCGUAGAUUCUCACGUGAAAAUUUGUGAUUUUGUUGCUACAAUCGAUAACCAUUUCCACGUCGUCCUAUUCUUCAGACUAGUGGCGGGGGUCGUUGGGGUAGUCUGCGGUGGGUUCGAGGUAUCGAAGGUAAGAAUCCACAAUAAUAAAUAA